AGAAAGGCAGUUUGAGACACUUAGCAGUUCCUGGAUGCUUUGAGCAUCUCUGUGCAAAAUUAAAUAAACCUAUGGCACCCUGCGCUUGCUUAAAGAUGCAAAAAGCUUGUAACACAGCUUGUUGGCGCCAAGGUGACACUGGACUCAAAAUCCUUGCAAACUGAAGGCCGAGACGAUCCAUCUCAUGUUAGGCCCUUCCUCUUCUCCUAGUGCCUUUCAUCUUUCCUAGCAUUGUUUUUUCAAGUGACUCAUCUUGCCAUGAUGUGACCAAAAGACGACAGCCUCAGCUUAUUUGCCACAUAAAGGCCCCCGUUGUCGCAGAAACCAAGAGUGACGCCACAACCUGCGACUGUGCUUUCCCGCCAUGCCGAGCAGUGGCAGGACCCUGGAUGAAUUUGCUGUGCCUGAGGAGGCACAGGAGAUGAUGACGGUGCAUCGUCCCCGGAUCGAGCAGCUCUUCAGGGUGGAGUUGAACGUCCUGGGGGUGCUAGAGUUGGCACAGAGUCCCAACGGGCAACCCCAGGGGGCACGGAAGAUUUGGCUACAACUGCAAGGAUGCAGGGAGAAUCUGCAGAGGGCAAAGGAAUACAUCAAAGGUCUUUGCGCUCCAGAACUGGAUGAGGAGGUUCGGUACCCCAAGGACAUGGAGUGCAUCUUUCUAGGAGCCCAUGGGUUGUUCCUGGACUGCCUCACCCAAGGGACAUCUGCAGACCUCACCCUGCUCCGCCCUGGCUCCCUUUUAGUCUCCGGCUUGGCUGAAGCCUUUGUCAUGGCCCAGAGUCGAAUCCAGGACUUUGUGGAAAAAUACAAGAAGAACCCCAAGCUGCAAGAGGAACGGGAGGCCCAAGUGAAGAGAGCCUUCCAGGAACUGGUGGAGACCUACGAUGAUAAAUAUGCUAUGGACCUCUUGAUCCUGCCAACUGCACUGAAGGAGGAGCUGCUCAGCUUGGUGAAGGAGUUUCGGGAAGAAGGGGGAGAGCAGAAGCAAAGGAAUGGGUGUUGGUCACCACCGGGUUUUAGGCAAGACCGUUUGCCAGAAUGGGAAACAGGAGGUGUGAGUGGUGGUGGACCUCAGUCUCUAAGUAGGCCUCAAAAUAUCUCUGGUGAGUCUAUGGGGCUCAGCAGAGUUCGAGGGCAAAGUCAGUUUGGAAACUCUGGCUCUGUCUUCUGUGCAGGCUUUGCUAGGCCUCAGCAGUCUCCUCACAAGCCUCUGGGUUCUCCCCAACUACCAUACUCAACUAGGCCUGGAAGUUUUAGGACUGACUUACCUUCCAUGGUUGGUAGGCCACAAGAGCAGACUAUGCCUCAGUUGUCAAGGGUUGACUCUCCCAAAGGGGGUGCUGAGGCUAGGCCCCAAGACGUUUUGGCUGGCCUGCAAAGCGUUCAAGGCUGGUCCAAUGAGACAACCACCCCCAGUCCAACACUUCCCAAGAGUUCCUCCCAACCCAUUGUAGUUGCUCUUCCUCAGUCUCAGAUUUUUCCUGGUUACUCAGGACUAACAAUGUCUUUGGAGGAUCAUGUGGUGGAAACAAAGCAGACUUUUCACGCAAGGGAAUCCAGCCCUGUUAGCUUGCCUGAGGAAAGCAGCGAGGAGGAGUUGUCGUCAUCGUUGUCGGACACGUUGCUGUCAUCGGGGAUGGAGAAGGAGUUCAAAAUGAGACUCAACUUCUUUAAAACCAUGGGCUAUGAAGAGCAGGUGGUCAAAAAGGUGCUCCUGGAGGGUGGGGUCCGGGAGACCCCUUCCACUAUUCUGGACAGAGUCCAAAUGGAGGAGGCGGGCUUGUCCCAGAAAGAUGACAUUGUCCUCCCUCAAAAGGAGCCUGGGGGAACAGAGAACUCUCCCCCUCCAUUGGAAAAAGUUGAGGAUAAAGACGAAUAUCUCCUGGAAGUCAUCAAAGCCGCGGUGGCCAACUGUGGUCAUUCGCCCAGCAAGAUUCCCACAGGGAUACAGACAGGUGCCCCACUGGCUGGCCUGCUGAGGCAACUCAAUGAGAAGGGGGAAAGUCAAGAGGAGGCUGAGGGUGCCGUUGGGGUAUCUGACCCAAAGCUGGAACGUGGAGGUGUCCGAAGGGCAGCCAUGAUGGCUCAUAGAGAAUCUUCGCCACACAGACACCAUCAGGAGACAGGGAAGACGCAUGUAUCCCUUUUCUGUGAGGGUGUCUACGUCCCGCCUGUUGAUGCAGGUGUUCCUGCUUUGUCGCUGGACAGGCCCACCAACGCUAACUCCCUUUUCUCCACAUGGGAUUCUGAGGAGAGCCAGUCAGCAGAAAGCUCCAGUCUAGGACCCCCCAACCAUAGUUCUGUUUCCACGGUGACCGGGGCCCAGCGCUUCGAAGAGGCGCUCAAGACUCACUUCAACCUCCAAUUGGCCAACACACCAGGGAAGAAGAAUCUACGAAGGGUCAUUAUCGAUGGCAGCAAUGUAGCCAUGAUGCACGGUCUGAACCAGUUCUUCUCAUGCCGAGGCAUUGCCCUGGCUGUACAGUAUUUCUGGGACCGGGGUCACCGGGAAGUGACUGUUUUUGUUCCUGCAUACCGGAUGGAACCAGAUUCCAGUGUGAGAGAGCAGCACUUCUUGUUCGAGUUGCGUGAUCUGAGCAUCCUCUCCGUCACGCCAUCCCGCAAAGUUGAUGGGAAGAACAUCAUGCCGUAUGACGACAGGCUCAUGCUCAAACUGGCAGAAGAGACCAACGGGAUUAUCGUCACCAAUGACCAGUUCCGGGAUCUUGCAAAAGAAUCGAAGAAAUGGAUCAGGAUCAUCAAGGAGAGGGUGCUACAGUACACUUUUGUGGAGAACAUUUUCAUGGUGCCCGAUGACCCGUUGGGACGAGGCGGACCUACGUUAAUGGAAUUUCUGAAGAAAACCCCCAGGACGAAGCCGGUGAAAUGUCACACCUAUGCCGGCCGGGCAGCUCAGGUGCCAGUACCUGUUCACCCUGCCUCAAAGUCAGAGGUCCUCCAGCUUCGAGAUAGAUGGCCAGCGAGUGGCUCGGAUGGGGAUCGGUGGAGAAGGCAUCAGGAAAACAGAGUUGAGGAGGAGGAGAGAGAGACAGUCCGGCCCGCGGUGGAGACUGAACGGCUGAGGACACAGCUUCUGGAGAUCUUUGUAAACCAGCACAAGAAGAUCGAUUUUGUCCUCCAGCGGGAUCCGUGCAGCUCUGACCUCAACAAGCUUUCCGAGGCGAUUCUGAGCCUCGGUUUCUGAGCCACCGAACUGGUUUUAAUCCUCCUCCAAAGGGGAUGCAUUAAUAGAACUCCUUCCUGUAUGGACUUGAACCUCAGCUCUUUGGUGCCAAGAAGCUCUCCGUCUACCAACCUGAGAAAAGACAACAGGAGAAACUCUCCAGCGUGAAGGCAGCGCAGUGGAUACUUAAAUUCUCCGGUUGAUCUGAAUGUCCAUUAUCCUCCCUAUCAGAAUCCUGGAACCACUGAUGACCAAAGACCUCCCUUCCCCCAACUAGCCAGUAGAAAAAGCUCUCGUCUUAAUUCUGAUGCACUAAUUAUUCUUAAAAUGGAGUUGCUUUCUGGCAUUCUUCAGCCCCAAGAGUGUUGACCUUGGAGCGGCGAGACAGGGUUAAUUAAGCUACUGUGUGCCGUUUGUUCAGUAAAUGGCUGGCCAAAGGUGUGAGAGAAAGCAAUACCCCCUUGACAGAGUUUCCUUUACUAGGGAAAGUGACUUCCCUGUAAAGACUGUCAUUUACCUUGGAAUUGUUCUGUGGAGAGGGUUUCUAACAGGAUUCUCAGAUACCCGCCACAACCUCCCUCAGAGGUCCUGGGCUUGGAAGCCUCCACAGAUUCACCAAUUCUAGAACAAUUACAAAUAGACCAGAGAAGCAUAGUUUAGCUUUUUCCAUAGAUCCAGCGAAAGACAAUUUUAGGAUGGCCUCAGCCAUAAUUUUCCAGAUCACGGGGGAAAUCUCCAUGAAACGGGGAAGAAAGUACAUUAGCAAGCAUUUUAGAUGACUCUUUGGAUAUCCUUUUUUAAUUGAAGGCUGAUCAGUCGAGGCUCUUCAUUUUCCUGUUUUUAAGAACUGCCUCCACUGACAUUGUUCAACAUACAUUCCAGCUUUUAAGAUUAUUUUUUAUUUCUAUUUUAUACUGAUAUUUUAAAAGCCCCGGUCUCAACAUUCAGAAAGCGUUUAUUUUUACAAUAAAGUCAAACACCAAAUUAUUUAUUGGGGGGGGGCAUUCCCCCCCUAACAAUAUUGAAAGAAAAAAAUCAAUAUUCAUUCUUAAGAAAAAAUCUAGAAUGCUCAAGAGGAAAAAAUCCUUUCUUUUUCUUAAUUUAAAAAUGGAACUGAUUUGGAGAGCUAAUAAUAAAUCUGUUUUCUGACUGCUUUAGUCGAUGGCCAAAAAGUGAAAUGAAAAAUGGAGGAUGGUGUACCAUCCGUACUGACAUUUAACAAUACUCUCAUGCCCACAUGUUGUUGUCCUGAGGUCAGAACCAUGUUAGAUAAAACGGAGCGGCCCCUCAGUGGAACAGGCUUCCUCGGGAGGUGGCGGGCUCUCCUCCUUUGGAGGUUUUUAAGCAGAGGCUAGAUGGCCAUCUGACAGCAAUGCUGAUUCUGUGAA